UCAGUCGCCCGCUGGCAUUCGUUCAACGAAUAUGGACAACCAGGCAUCGGAGCUCAUACUCAAGGAGCGGGUCACUAUUGGAACCCUGGUACCAAACAAUGGGACUGAAGGCGGCAACGUGCAGUUGCUCAACAACACAUUCGUCUUGGAGCUGCUGUUCGAGAUCACCCAAUUGUACCACUUCAAGAACUUUAUUUUCUACAUUUCGGAGAGACUGGAUCUCAAGAACAAGAACUCCCUGGACUUCUUUUACGACUUCUGGACGACCUUUCCCCUAGCACCGAAUUUGAUCAUAACCCGUGAGCACAAUGCUGUCAUUCCGAUGGUGCAGUUUAUCAGCACUCCCUCACUGGUCAUGGUCUAUACAACGGAACGAGACGAUCCCAUUAUGGAACUGGCAGCGCAAAGCCUGCGGGGAGUGCGCUGGCUCAAGACCAUCUUCAUACUGUAUCCCAAAAUGGACACCCGCGACUUCGAGGAGAGCUUCGACGCCUUUACACUGUUCUCAAACGAGGUCAAAGGUCUCUACGACUGGAUGUGGAGCAAGCAGUUUAUCAACACAGUGCUGAUUACCAUCAAGAAUAAUGUGUUCUUGCUGGAUCCCUACCCCACACCGUCGGUGGUAAACAAGACAGACUCGUGGCGAGCCGAGGACUUUUUCAAGAAACAUAGCAAGAAUAUGAAAGGCUAUGUGGUCAGGACCCCCAUCCUCUACGACCUCCCACGUGCCUUCAAGUCCGACCGUCCCACCAAUAGCUACGAGAAUAACUUUGUUCACGGUACAAGCGGCAACUUGUUUCUGGGAUUCCUCGAGUUUGUGAACGCCACGAUACUGGACACCAGCACAAACGUGUCCACGAACUAUCUGAACCUAACGAAUCUCCUAGAUCUGGUGGCUCAGGGCGUAUACGAGACGCUAAUACACUCAUUCACCGAAAUGCUAGGAAGGUACGUGGUCAGCUACAGCUACCCCAUUGGCAUCAACGACUGCUGCCUCAUGGUGCCUUUCCUCAAUCAGUCCCCAACGGAACAGUACAUGCGAGAGGCUCUUCAGGACAACGUUUGGCUCUCGAUAAUUCUGUUCGUCUUCUAUAUAGCCCUGGCCAUCUGGUGGUGCUCGCCCCUGCGGCCGCGCGACUUCAGUGCCGCUCUCCUCCAGUCCAUCUGCACCCUGACCUACAUGGCGCCGACCUACAUCAUCAAGACCCCGACGCUGCGGAUGCGAUACUUGUAUCUUCUGCUCGCCAUCAUGGGAAUAGUCACGUCCAACAUGUACAUCUCGAGGAUGACCAGCUACUUCACCACAGCUCCGCCGCAAAAGCAAAUCAGCACUGUUCAGGACAUAGUCGAGGCGAAUCUGAGGAUCCUGAUGAUGGGUGUCGAGCACGAACGCAUCGCCAAAUCGCCCCAGCAGUAUCCGGCCAGCUUCUUAAAACAGGUUGACGUAGUGGAUAAGCAGGCCUUAGACACCCACAGGGAGCCUUUCAACACGAGCUUCGGCUACACGGUGACCAGCGAUCGCUGGCAGUUCCUGGACAUGCAGCAGCUGCACUUGCGGAAGCCCAUCUUCCGCCUGACAGACAUCUGCGAGGGUCCCUACUACCAUGUCUACCCCAUGCACCGCGACUCCCACCUGCGCUCGCCGAUGAAGGAGUUCAUUAUGGUGGCCCAGCAGGCGGGUCUCAUGGACCACUGGCAGCGCGAGGCGUUUUGGGAAGCAGUGCACCUGAAUCUUAUCAAAGUACACAUUUUCGAUGAGGAACCGAUCGCCUUGAGUCUGAGCUUCCUCUCGACCAUUCUGCGAACUUGGUGCCUGGGCCUGGUGCUGUCCGGACUCGUCUUUGCUGUGGAGAUGAAAUGGUACGAAUACGUGACCUUCAGGCGACGUGUUAGGUUUACCCCUAAGCCAAGAUCGUUUCUGAGAAGGUUCAUGAGAGGGUGA